AUGCCGUCGAAUUCACCCCCCGCAGUCGAGGGAGCUUUGCCAUCACGGGCGACGGGAAGGACAGGCGGCGCAGCGCCGGUCAACGACACCAAUCACCCUCUACGCCGAAGACCCCGCCAAGAUUCCGACGUCUCGCGAUCCGGUUCCGUCGCCCCGCACCAGCAGCAGCCCAAUAGACCGAGUCCGAAGCGCUUCAAGUUGGGCGCCGAAGACCCUCCCUCUCACAACAUCAUGUCUACCAAGAUGAAAGGCAAGCUGCCCGAGGUGAUCGACCUGACGCAGUCCAACUCAUAUCGGCCGUAUACGGGCGCGAAGAAGCUGGUGAUCAAGAACUUCCGACACUCGGCGAGUAAUGAGAAGCUGGAAAAGUACUACGAGCGGACCGAGCAGGAAUUGAUUGAUGCGUUGCAGGAGGUCUUUGGCGGGCGCAAGCCGAAGCUGCCGUUGGAGAGGCUAUCCAGGGCCGUGGAGGAUAUAUGCAGGCGCGGCCAAGACAACGACUUGCAGCUGUACGAGACGCUGCGGCGAAAGUGCGAGGAGCACCUCACCCAGGACGUACUGCGUUCAAUCAAGUCCUGCGCCGGCAAUACAGAUGCUGAAAUGCUGAGGAGCGUCCUCCAGCACUGGAGGGUGUGGAAUGGUCAGAUUAUGACAAUCCGAUCCACAUUCACCUAUCUUGACCGUACCUUCCUCCUGAAGAACAAGAACUACCCUUCCAUCAACGACAUGACCAUUUCACAGUUCAGAAGGAUGGCGUUCCCCGCUCGGGACGACCCAGGCGGUCAGACGCCCGGUGGCAGGGCGUUGCGGGGCAUGUACGACCUGAUUUCGUACGACCGAAUGGGGGAUGAGCGGUUCGAAGCAGCAUUGCUCAAGGACUCGGUCAUGAUGCUCCACGUUUUCAACAUUUACACCAAAUACUUUGAGCCCCGGUUCAUCGAGCUAUCAGAAGACUUCUUUGAGGAUUUUGCAGAGGAAAGGAAUGCGUCAAGCUUGAAAGAGUACAUCUUGGCAUGUGAGAAACUGCUCAAGAAGGAGGACUACCGCUGCAACGAGUACAACCUGGACUCGACAACCAAAAAGCAGUUGCUCGACGCGGCGCAUGGCAUACUUGUGAACAAGUACUCUGACAAGCUUCUCAAUAGUGAGAGUCUCUCCAAGCUCCUUUCAGACCAUGAGGUGGGCUCGAUGAAGGCCUUGUACGACUUAUUGCGACUCUCCGAUAUCCAGAAAAAGCUCAAACAGCCCUGGAGCACGUAUAUCAAGAAGACGGGUGCUGCGAUUGUUGCUGACAAGGAACGCGGCGAUGACAUGGUCCAGAGGCUUCUCGAACUCAAGAGAUCACUAAGCCUCAUCGUUCGCGACGCCUACGAUCGUGACCCAGACUUUGUCAACGAGCUCAGGAACGCCUUUGGAGACUUUAUGAACGAUCGCAGCAUUGCAACGACAUGGAGCUCAGGAACGUCCAAGGUCGGUGAGAUGAUUGCCAAGUACGUCGACAUGCUCCUUCGCGGGGGAAUCAAGGCUUUACCGAAAACGCUGCUUUCAGACAACAAAGACCGAGCCGCGGCGGAGCAGAGCGGCCUGGCGAGCACUGGCGACGAAGACGCCGAGCUCGACCGACAGCUGGACCAGGCCCUGGAGCUCUUCCGCUUUAUCGAAGGCAAGGACGCGUUUGAGGCGUUUUACAAGAAAGAUUUGGCUCGCCGCCUGCUCAUGGGCAGAAGCGCCAGUCAGGAUGCGGAGCGAAACAUGCUCAGGAAGCUCAGAGAGGAGUGUGGUAUGAACUUUACUCACAAUCUGGAGCAGAUGUUCAAGGACGUCGAGGUGGCCAAGGAGGAAAUGGAAGCAUACAAGCAGUGGUCGGAAGGCACCGGCGUGGAUAGGGCUCCUGUCGAUUUAUCGGUUAUGAUCCUGUCACAGGCGGCCUGGCCGACGUACCCGGACGUCAAGGUCCACUUACCAGACGAUGUUGCCAAGCAGAUUGAGCGAUUCGAUCAGUACUACAAGAACAAGCACACUGGCCGGCUGCUCAACUGGAAGCACGCGCUGGCGCAUUGCACGGUCAAAGGGAAGUUCCCCAAAGGUACAAAGGAGCUCCUCGUCAGCGCGUAUCAGGCAAUCAUCCUCGUCCUCUUCAAUGAGGUCGGCCUCGAUGGUUUCAUCAGCUACGAACAAAUCGCUCGCUCCACAAACCUGCAAGGAGAGGAAUUGGGCCGAACGCUGCAGUCUCUCGCCUGCGGACAAGUCCGCGUUCUUUCAAAGCACCCCAAGGGCAAGGAAGUCAACGCGACGGACACGUUCACGAUCAACAAGGCUUUUGCGCACCCCAAGAUCAGAGUCAAGAUCAACCAGAUCCAGCUCAAGGAGACAAAGGAGGAAAACAAGGCGACGCAUGAGCGCAUCGCCCAGGACAGACGGUUUGAGACACAGGCGGCCAUCGUGCGGAUCAUGAAGAGUCGCAAGGAGAUGAGUCAUGGCGAGCUGGUUGCGGAGGUGAUCAACUUGACCAAGAACCGCGGCGCGGUUGAUGCGGCGCAGAUUAAGAAGGAAAUCGAAAACCUGAUUGACAAGGACUACUUGGAACGCGAAGGCAACACCUAUACGUACUUGGCAUAG